AUGACGUCUGCAAUUGGAUGGUACGGGCCGCUACUCGAUCUCUGCAAAGCCGCUUCUCACAUCGGCGAUUUCGUUCAGCUUCUCGUAUUUGUUCACCGCUCCAUUCCCGUUCAGUACAAAUUAUUAAAAGGUGGAGAAGUAAUCAGGACAGACAUUCAGGUUGGUGAUGAUACGCUGCCAUUUUUCUCCGUCUCUUUGUGGAAAAAGCAGAUGGGAGCAAUGGUUGUUGCCGAUGUGAAGAUCACUAAAUUUGGACAUGCUGUGGAGGCCAGAACCGUCGAGUGCUCAUCAUUAAUACGUUUAAUCCAUCCUUAUGGGUCUCUUAUCUCAAAAGGCAUAGAUCAGUUAAUAGAGGAAUCUCGACUAGGGAAAACAACAAUGGAAAAGCUUUGCAAGGUGAUAAAAUGGGCGCAGCGAGCUAGAUCUGCUCUUAACACAACCGCAUCACAUAGCUUUGCGAAGAAGCAACCGAGGAACUGGAAAGUGCCAAAACAGAGUGAAUCCCAGAACUUUCUCUUGCUUUCAGAAGUAUUGCGUCUAAGUAAUUCCUGUAAGGCAAUUUUUAAUGCAUCGAUUGGUGAAAUUUUCCUACCAAUUACCUGGAGAGCACUUGGUGACUCUGAGAAGGAAAAGAUGUUUGUCAGCAGGAGGAUAUUUGAAGACAAAGAUGAUUGUGUAGCAGAAGAUUUUAUUUGUAUUGGCUGCCAACUAUGUGGCUCUCCUUUGGAUUCAGAGAAUGGGUCUAUAUGUAAGCAAAACUCUGUUUCACUCUAUUGCCCGAAAAGCUCAAAUCACCUUCAUGCAGCAUCCUUGAUUUACAGGCCCUUUAUGUUAUAUGUCUGGGACGAAUCAGAAUACCUGCCGCUCCUUGUACGAAAUGAGGCUGCGGUACUGUUGUUUGGAAACAUCAGGGCUGAAAGAGUCUACCCAAGCUAUAAAGGACGAAACAAUAGUCAUAAUCCCAACCAAACAUAUUUUUGCCGGGAGAAUAAUCCUGAAGCUGUAGGGAAAGAAUUAGCGGGGUCUUGCUCAUCAGAUGCAGACAGGAGCCUAGAAGUUAAGGAGAAAAACCAUCGUAAUAAAAACAUCGACUUUAAUUUGAUUUGGUUAGUUCUUCUAAAGAUGUUGUUGCAGCAGGGAAAAAACAGUCCCUUGAAAUUUGAAGUAACUGUGAACGCCAGUCUAGAUACCGAACAAGGGAAGUUUGAAAUGCUUUCUGUUUCAAUUCCCUGCGCCAAAGACAAAUUGUUCUCUGGUUGA